AUGUCGCAGCCCAACAAGCAGGAGCGCAAGCGGCUGCAACGCUUGACUUGCCCCCUGGUGGCCGCCAAGCGCGCCGCCCACGAGGUGAAGGUGCCCGCCGCGCGCUCGGCGAGCCCGGGGGAUGAGGCUGCUACGCUCGGCAAGGGCGGCCAAGUUGUUGGGCUGCGACGUGGCCGCGACACCGGAAACGCGGUCGACCAGGGCGAGUUCGUGUGCCGCGGCGGCGACUACGACACCAAGCUGAUCCUCGUGCUCUCGGGCACCCUGGAGAAGCUGGUGGGCGACUCGCCUUACGGCGGCAGGUGCGUUGUGCGCCACCUGAGACGCGGGGACUGCGAGGGCCUGACCGAGUUCCUGGGCGCCGGCAGCGAGCAGCGCACCUGCUGUCUGCGUGGCGGUCCGGGCGGCGCGCGGGUGCGCUUCGUCACCCGGGAGCGCUUCCAGAAGCUGCUGCGGGAGGAGGCGCCGGGGCUGGAGGAGGGCCGCGCGGCCCUGAAGUUCCCCGACGAGGCGGCCUACUUCGCGAAGCUCGUGUUGGACCGCAUCGAUUCGCUUAGCCACAAGGCCGCCGAGGAGUUGCUCGAGUGGCCCUCCGGAGUCGAGGGGCAGGCGCCGCUGAGGCUCAUGAGCCUGCCCGGCCAGACGCUCUUCUCCGUGGACUCGGGCCUCGGCACCUCGGUCUCCGGGCCCCUGCCGGAGGGGAUCGAGGAGCGGUACUUCCUGGACGGCCAGACGGUGAUCCGGCCCGGGAUCCGCGGCGACUGCUGCGUGAUGAUCCUCAGGGGGGAGGCGCACCUGCCA